AUGGCUUCCAAAACGAAGAAAGUCUACGUUUCAUACAAUCAAUUGCAUGAUAUCAUCCAACAAACGGUUCGACGAACGAAACUUUGUGAAAAAUUUUCCCCGACGCUUCUCAUUGCUAUAAGUGCAGGUGGUUUUCUACCGGCAAGGAUCCUACGAAAUAUUCUCAAAGGAGAGCUCGGUGGUAAAUCAUUACCUAUUCAAACGAUUGGCUUAUGUUUGUAUGAAAGCGAAAGAAAUGAAAUCUACAAAACUCAAUGGAUUGCAACUGAUCUCGUCAAUGACCCGUUAGCAGUAUCUUUCAGUGGUCAACGAAUUCUUAUUAUUGAUGAAGUCGAUGAAACGCGCACAACGUUAAGCUAUGCUAAUGGGUUGAACCCAAAUUAG